CUUCAAGAAACCUUCCUGUGAUGCCAGUAGACCGGUUUGGACAAAUAUCAACGGUUACAGUGGCUAAAAUGGCACAUUUUAGGAUUGUAAACUGUUGAAAUAGAAAGUAAACAUCUGCUAACUGCAUCAAUAUAUAUUGAAGACGGACUCCACUUUUGACCUUUAGACCACGUCACACCUGCCAUCAAUAUGUUAGGUUAAGAAAGUCUGAAGUCUUCGAUCUUUGACACCGCAGUGAGUGUUUCCCCAGAAGACCAGGCUUUAGCAUUGCUGGACUGUUGAAGGAGCUUUCAUCAAGAUGUUUACCGCUCUGAAGAAGCUGGUGGGCUCUGAAGCAGGGCAGCUCAGGGAUAGAAAUAUUCCUUCAGGCCUGCAGUCCAUGAACCAGAAUCUACAGAGGCGUUUCGCCAAGGGCGUGCAAUAUAACAUGAAAAUAGUCAUCCGUGGGGACAGGAACACGGGUAAAAGUGCACUUUGGCACCGGCUUCAAGGGAAAAAGUUUCUGGAAGAGUACAUCCCCACGCAGGAGAUCCAGGUCACCAGCAUUCACUGGAACUACAAAACAACAGACGAUGUAGUGAAAGUUGAAGUCUGGGAUGUGGUAGAUAAAGGGAAAGGGAAAAGACGCGGCGAGAAUCUGAAAUUGGAAAAUGACCCUCAGGAGUCGGAAACCGAGAUGGCUCUCGACGCAGAGUUCCUGGAUGUUUAUAAGAACUGUAACGGUGUGAUCCUGAUGUUCGACAUCACCAAACAGUGGACGUUCAACUACAUCCUUAGGGAGUUGCCAAAAGUGCCGACACACAUCCCAGUGUGUGUCCUGGGUAACCAGCGGGACAUGGGCGAGCACAGGGUCAUCUUACCCGACGACAUCAGAGACUUCAUCAACAGUCUGAACAGACCGCCGGGCUCCUCCUACAUCCACUAUGCCGAGUCCUCCAUGAAAAACGGCUUUGGUCUCAAAUACCUCCAUCGCUUCUUCAACAUCCCAUUCCUGCAGCUGCAGAGGGAGACUCUGUUACGGCAACUGGAGACAAAUCAGCUUGACAUCGAUGCCACACUAGAAGAGCUCAGUGUUCAGCAGGAGACCGAGGACCAGAACUAUGACAUAGGCUUCAUCUCACGCCUGUUCGGAUCGUCCGCUGCAGAGGCGUCACCAGACAAACCAGAACCUAUGGGCUCUGAAGACCCGAAGCCCUCUGGAAAGGUGAAGAGUGUGGAUGACUUUGUGCCGGGGGUGGGCAUGGAACGGACCUUUCUGGAAGAUGGUGGAACAGCAGUUAAAUCAAAGAACAAACCUCCAGCAUCAGCUCCCAUCCUGGACAGUGAUAGUGAUGGUGAGGGACGGGGAAAUCCUCUGGUCUCCGGCUUCCAGGAUGAUUUAGAUCCGGAUGACAGAGCGCUGUCCCAGCCUGCCGUUAAAGUGGCGGUCCCGAGCAUGGGCGUCACACUCACGAGUGAUGAAGAGGAGGAAGAUUCAUCUCUGCCCUCUGCUGCCCAGCACAAAGGCAUUGGAUCAGGCCCAAACUCAAAGGGAUCUACAGUGAAUUCUGUCAAACAGCUGCAAACCAAGUCUAAACCAGCUGAGAGACCCCAAAGCCUGAAAACCCCAGCAGGACCUGCAGUGCAGCGACUGAAGACAGGAGGCGCUGUUGAGGCCGACUCAGAUUCAGACCAAGAGGCUCCAGUCGCUCAGCAGAUGCUUUCAUUUGUCAUGGACGACCCUGAUUUUAAGAACGAAGAGUUUGACGGACACAAGAUCAAGAAGGGCACUUUUUCUGCACGAGAUGACUUAUCUGACCGGUCGGAUGAUGGGUUUGUGUUAGCUGGACUCCCAGAGCCCCCCAAACCUGCUGCCGCUUCAUUUAAGACCCUCAACAGUGGUAUUGACCUGUUCGGCCUGGGAUUUGAAGAGAUGACACCUAAGAGUAAAGACAGCAGUGAAGACCAGGAAGAUAAUGAAAGCAGACACUCCACAAAGGACAAGAAAAAGAAGAAAAAGAAAAGCAAAGAGGAGGACGAGAAAAGCAGCAAGAAACGACACAAACACAAGAAAAAGGAAAAAGAUGAGCCGGGAACAGGAGACGAGAAAGAAAAGAAGAAGAAGAAAUCUUCAAGGACCAAGAAAGCAGGAACUGUGGACGAUCUUGAGGCCUUCCUGGCAGGUGGAGACGGACCAGGAAACAGUGAGGGCGGAGACUAUGAAGAACUCUAACCAAUCAGGGUUUGACAUCCACACCGUGUGACAUCGCCAGGUCAUUUUCCAAUCCAUUCCACCUGUUUUUCAGUGCCUAACCUUUUGAGUUUUCACGGCGUUUUUGUUCUUCCAGCAUUGCAGCUUUAUAAAUUGGUUUGUGGCACCGUUGUUCACCUCAUGCCGUUUUCCAGUAUUUUCAGACAUAACUUUUAGAUGCAUUUUCAAAUGAUCCAGAGUUUAUUCCGUUAUUAACUGAUUAGAACUCUUAAGUCGUUCCACAAAGACUUGAAGUAAUUUUAGCUUUGUUGGUUUUGUUUUGUGUGUGUCUUUGCCAAUGUGUGUGUGUAUAUAUAUAUAUAUAUAUAUAUAUGUGUGUCCCUGAACAUUUUGGCAACUCUGUGUGUGCUUGCAUUUUUAUUUAGCAAACAUAUAGAGGGAUUAAUCAGACUUGCAU